AUGAAGUUAAAAAAUAAAUAAAUUCAUUAAAAAAAAAUAUAAUUUAUUGCUGGUAAAGAAGAUGCCUCUAAUAACUAUUUUAGAGGUUAUACCUUGGGUAGAAAUCUGAUAUAUGAUUGUUUAAAAUCUAUUCGAAAGGAAGUUGAAAAAAGUUUAACAGAGGAUAGUGGUAAGAAAAUAAAAAAAAUACUUUUGUAUUGCAUCCUUCCUCAUAAAUAUCUUAUAACUUAAUCGAUAGUUAUAAUGCAGUCUCCUCAACUUAUAUUAUGA